GCACGCCUAAAGCCAGGGUUCAAGAGAGGGCAGAGUGCGAGUGGCUUCAAAGAGGUCAGCCAGGAGGGAGAGAAAGAAGGCAAGAGACGUACCUCUGCACUGUCUGUCUGUCCGUCGUGUCCAGAUGCGAUCCUUUCUCCAGGUCUGGCGACGUCACAUUUGCACGCGAUCAUCUACGCGAGGAAUCGCUGCAGCCAGUGCUUCUUUACAUAAACUCCACGGAGCGUACCCUUCCUUGGUGUCCUACCAUCCACCAACUUUGAACUCAAGUUCACUUCACAGCUCUAUUCACACCACUCCUCGCGUCCUGGCUAGCAAGAAAACCAAAAUGGGAAAGUCAGACUCUGAUGUUGUCUCCGAGUUCAACGAGCUUGUGAACAUGUCCUCCUCGGAGCUCGAGGCCUGGCUCAAGGAAGAGUCCUCCGAGUCUGCCGGUUGGGGCGGCGAGUCAGGCGAGACUGUCGGGCACGAGUCUGGUCGUAAGAUCGUUGAUAUUCUCAAGCGCAACCCACAAAAGAAGGAGGACAAGUACACCGACGAGGACUUGGCUCAUAUGCGCAAGGUGGUGAGCUACUGCAAGAGACAUUUGGCACAGGAGGAGAGUAUGAAGGAGAGGAAGAGCAAGGAGGAAUUGGAGCAGACGAAGAGUGUCAGGAGUCUCAAGAACUGGGGUCACGACCCACUCAAGUACUAAGUGUACAGAUUGGAAGGGUAGCAAUGGUAUAUGUACAACAUUGGGAAAGACCUUUGACAUAGCGCCGCGAGGGCUCUGACAGCAAC